AUGGCUGCGGGAAAUUCUACUUGGGAGGGCGUGGGAUCCGCUGGCGAGUAUGACCCUCUCGCGCCGCCUAGUUUAGGGCCCGAUGAAAAUGCGCAAGCACCUGCAGAGAUGACCGAUACCGAAAGUGAGAGAGUCGACGAACUUGAGGAAAAUGACGAGGAUCAGGACGACGCAUGCGAAUAUGAUCCAGAAACAGUUGGCUUCGCCAACGACCUCAAUAUACCCGACACAUCAGCAUCAGGCACUCCGUCUCAACGCCCGGCCGCCAAACCCAAAAUGUCCGGAGGCUUUUUGGUUGAAGUGUCUGACGAUGAGGAGGAAGAUGACGACAGCCACCAGCAACCUCCGCAAGUACGGAACCAAAGCAUUGCACACACCAGCUCAGUCACCAACGGCAAUACAUCCCUCCCCGUGGCCGAUGCGUUGCCUCGCGCGCCUCCUGUCAUGGCCGGCGUUGAUCCUGUAGCCCUCCUGGAAGCACGUAUUCAGGAAGAUCCUCGUGGAGACAUGGACGCUUGGCUCAACCUGAUGGCCAAUCAUAAACGACGUAGCAGAUUGGAUGACCUUCGCAGGCUGUAUAACCGUUUCUUGGAGGUUUUUCCUCAGGCAGCCGACAUUUGGGUUGAAUGGAUCGAAAUGGAGCUCAAUCUCGACAACUUCGUGGACGCGGAGCAACUCUUCGGAAGAUGUCUCAUGACCGUGCCGAACGUCAGUCUCUGGACUCUGUAUCUCAACUACAUCCGACGGCGCAAUGACUUGACAAAUGACCCAACUGGACAAGCUCGACGUACUGUAACGCAGUCUUACGAGUUCGUCAUUGACAACAUUGGAUGCGAUCGUGAGUCGGGAAAUAUAUGGCAAGAUUACGUUCAGUUUGUUAGAAACGGCCCAGGCCAAGUGGGUGGUACAGGAUGGCAAGACCAGCAAAAGAUGGACCAGCUUCGAAAAGCGUAUCACCGGGCCAUCGCGGUCCCCAUGUCAUCAGUCAACAGUUUGUGGAAGGACUAUGAUCAGUUCGAGAUGGGCCUAAACAAAGUCACGGGUCGCAAGUUCAUCCAGGACAGAUCUCCUGGAUACAUGUCCGCUAAAAGCGCCAAUAUUGCACUAGAUAACAUUGCGCGCAAUCUGAGGAGGACCAAUCUGCCCCGAUUACCACCUGCCCCGGGUUUCGACGGACAUGACGGGUUCCAUGCCCAAGUGGAAUUGUGGAAAAAAUGGAUUGCUUGGGAGAAAGAAGAUCCGCUAGUUCUCAAAGACGACGAACCGAAGGCGUAUAAACAGCGAGUUUUGUAUUGCUACAAGCAGGCCUUGAUGUCGCUCCGAUUUUGGCCCGAGGUAUGGGUGGAUGCCGCCGCAUGGUGCUUGGAAAACGAUGUCAGAGAAAACGACAAGCCGCUGGGCACGGAGAUGCUUCUUCAGGGCAUCAGCGCAAACCCCGAGAGUGUAUUGCUAGCUUUCAAGCAUGCCGAUCAUAUCGAAGCAAACUAUCCGGAAAAGGAGUCGGGCAAGCCAGAAUAUGCCAAGGCAGUGCGCAAGCCUUACGAUGUUGUUUUGGGCACUCUUUACAAAAUGGGGGACAAGGUCAAGGAGCGGGAGAAGCUGGAGGUCAACACUCUCAAGCAAGCGGCGGCGCAGGGAUCUGACGUCCAGGAAUCCAUCGAACCGUUUGAUGACGAUGACGAUGACGAUGACGAUGACGAAGAAAAGCCAACCAGAAAGUCACCCACGGAAGAACGGAUCGCGGCUAUUCAGCAAGCGUAUGCUGCUGAAACGCAGCUUCUAUCAAAGACCAUUUCCUACGUCUGGAUUGCCAUGGCUCGCGCCAUGCGUCGCAUCCAGGGCAAAGGCAGCCAGACCGAAGGUGGCUUGCGGAAAGUAUUCACUGAUGCCCGUCAAAAAGGUCGCCUGACCAGCGACGUCUAUGUUGCCGUGGCGUUGCUGGAAUCCGUCGUGUAUAAAGAUGCAGUAGGCGCCAAGAUUCUCGAACGCGGAGCAAGAUUGUUUCCGAACGAUGAGAACUUCAUGAUAGAGUAUUUGAAGUAUCUGCAUUCCAAGGACGAUACCACCAACGCCCGUGUUGUGUUUGAAACAUGCGUCAACCGUCUUACUUCUAAGCCGGAAACGCUGGCCAAGGCCCGGCCGUUAUACGCAUAUUUCCACAAGUACGAAUCUCAGUACGGAGAGCUGUCGCAGAUUUUGAAGCUCGAAGCUCGCAUGGCGGAGCUGUUCCCAGAUGAUCCCAAGCUGAAGUCCUUUACUUGCCGCUACUCGUCCGAAAGCUUUGACCCUGUCGCGGCUCCCAUCAUUAUAUCCAAGGCUGUGCAGAUGCGACCAAAACAACUGGCUGCUCCUCCCAUUGAACAUCCGAUGCCGGCGCGGGAGAGCAUCCCACCGGUCAGGCCAGAGCAAAGUCCGAGGCCACAAUACGUCCGAGCCACGGCUUCGCCCAAACGCCCAUUCGGAGCUGAUGACGAGGAGCUCAAUCCUCCAAAGAGGCUCGCAAGGGGCGUCUCUCCUCUAAAGGGCGCCGCUGGACGACGCCUCGACCAGCAACGCCGAAACCAGACUUCUGCUCUUCACCGAGACAUUACUUUUCUGCUCGGCAUCUUGCCUCCGGCCAACACGUACGAUGCGCAGAGAUUGCUUCCACCCGCCAUGGUCACGCUACUGCGGGACACUCCACUGCCCGAUUAUGCGUCUUGGAAAGCAAAAACUGGAGGCCAGUAUCUUUUCACUGCUCCAACCCAGGGCAGGCAAACUGCUGGUGACUUUGGCGCUCGACCCAUGAGCCCAUAUGGACGUGUUGUUGCAGCUGCAGCUACUGGAUACAGAAUGGCAUCGCCGUUGCGGACGGAGAAUCUCGUUGGCUACGCUGCACAUCCUUAUGCGGCACCGGACGGCACCGGUGCAGCCCCCAUUUGGCAGCCGCCUUCGGGACAAUAUGGAGGUUUUCGAUUCUAG